GUGAAAUCCUAUCAUAAGGGGAUGUAGACUGACUGAUUUAACGACUUGUGAUUAUCGUGAAUAGAUGAACGGUUAGUCUGCUACCAGGAUCCCGUUUCAUUCUACCACAUCCUGAUGAUGAUGACAAUGGAAUAAAAGAUUCGGUAACCCCCCGGGAGAGAAAGAACUGUGAAUCUAUAGUUAAACGGUAGCCGUCAUGUCUCUGAACAAAACUAUCGAGCUGGAACAUUUCGAUGAACGGGACAAGGCUCGUCGUAGCCGUUCCACGCGCUCCACCGGUGCUUCUACCGGCGGGGGAUCCGGUUCGAGAGGCAGUAGUCUGGUGCCGAGCCCCGCGCACAGCGCCAACUGUAGUUACUACCGUACACGCACGCUGCAGACUCUCACCUCAGAGAAACGAGCCAAGAAGGUCAGGUUUUACCGGAACGGGGACAGGUAUUUUAAGGGACUCGUGUAUGCGGUCUCUAACGAUAGGUUCCGGUCAUAUGAUACGCUGCUGAUGGAUUUGACCCGGUCCCUGGCGGACAACCUGCACCUGCCUCAGGGCGUGCGCGUCAUCUAUACGGUGGAUGGGAUCAAGAAAAUCACUUCUAUGGAUGAACUGGCAGAGGGUGACUGUUAUGUGUGUGCCUCCAACGAGCCCUAUCGUAAACUGGACUACACCAAGAUCAACAACCCAAACUGGAAGCCCGGUGUUACCGCUGGUACCCCGAGCGGUUCCUCUACUGCUCUUUCCACUGGGACACGGUCUGGGUCAGGGUCUGGGUCAGGUCCAGGCCCGGGAGGUCAACAGGUGGUCAGAGAGAGUAAUGACUUUAUAAAGCCUAAACUGGUCACGGUGAUUCGCAGCGGAGUGAAGCCGAGGAAAGCGGUCAGGAUUUUAUUGAACAAGAAGACAGCUCAUUCUUUUGACCAGGUUCUGGAGGAUAUCACUGAAGCUAUCAAACUGGACUCUGGUGCCGUCAAGAGACUUUAUACACUGGACGGGAAACAGGUGACCAGCCUGCAGGACUUCUUCGGUGAUGAUGACGUGUUCAUGGCGUGUGGUCUGGAGAAGUUCCGUUACGCUCAGGACGACUACGCUAUCACACACAGCGGGAAGGCUGCCUCGGCGUUCGUGAACGAGUCUAGGGUGAAAAUGUCUCGUUCCUCCACUCCUCUGAAGCCGUUGUCUCCAAAACCUUCCAGCGUGACCACGCCCAAAACCCCGCCCAGAACUCCACCCAGAACCAAAUCACCUGGCCCAGCCACUGAGGGGCCAGGAAUUCAGGUGGGUGUGGCUAAGUCGGCGAGGUCAUGCCCCUCCCCCACCAGCCCGGGGACCCGACGCAACCUGAAGAUUUCUCCUCAUCCUGCCUCGUCAGAUGUGAACGGAGCAGCGAACCAGACAGAUGAUCUGAGCCCUGAAGUGAAUGGGAACAGGUCGGUCUCCUCCUCCAUCAUCAGUGACAAGUACAAGGUGGGGAAGAUCAUAGGGGACGGGAACUUUGCCGUUGUUAAGGAUUGUGUAGAGAGGUCGACAGGACAGGAGUUUGCUCUGAAGAUUAUCGACAAAGCUCGUUGCUGUGGGAAGGAGCACCUGAUAGAGAACGAGGUGGCGGUGUUGCGGAGGGUCAGACACCCCAGCAUCAUACAGCUGAUUGAGGUCGACGACACGCCCACAGAACUCUACCUGGUCAUGGAAUUGGUCAAGGGUGGAGAUCUGUUUGAUGCCAUCACAUGUUCUACUAAAUACACAGAGAGAGAUGCCAGUGCCAUGAUCUUCAACCUGGCGGGAGCUAUUCAAUACCUACACCGUAUGGAUAUAGUCCACAGAGACAUCAAACCUGAAAACCUGCUGGUGUGUGAAUACCUGGAUGGGACCAAGUCGUUGAAGCUCGGUGAUUUUGGUCUGGCUACAGUCGUAGAGGGACCCCUGUAUACAGUCUGUGGAACGCCCACGUAUGUAGCUCCAGAGAUCAUCGCUGAGACCGGGUACGGUCUGAAGGUGGAUAUCUGGGCUGCAGGAGUUAUCGCCUACAUCCUAUUGUGUGGGUUCCCCCCGUUCCGCAGUGAGAAUAACAUCCAGGAGGAGUUGUUUGACCAGAUACUCAGGGGGAAGCUGGAAUUCCCUUCCCCAGACUGGGACACAGUCAGCCUGCCGGCCAAGAUGCUGAUUGGUGAGAUGCUGCAGGUGAACGCGGACAUUCGUUAUUCAGCAGAGGAGGUCCUCUCACACCCCUGGGUUACGGACGAGGCCACUCUAGAGAGCAGAAACGUGAACACAGAGACAUUAUCGUCAGCUACGGUGACCCCUGACCUUCCAGUGACCCCUACAACCCCGACAGCGACCUUUGACCCUAUGACCCCAGCAGCACAGAGUAGCCCCGCCCACAACAACACUACUAAUCCCAACUCUAAAUCUAUUACCUCUGCUGAGGACACAUCCCACUUCAGCCCCUAGGCAAGGGAUGGGCAACUUUGAAUGGGGGUGGGGCCCACCAAAAAUAUUAACUCAUCACGAGGGGCCGCGGUGGCUCGUGGGUAGAGUGAAGAUUUAGCAAUUUUCUAACUCAUUUCCUGCAAUUCUACACAUUUUGCCAUGUGGGUGGAGAGAAAUGUUUGCAGUUUUUAAUAUGAUAUCUGAAGGAGAGUGACUAACAAAAUCAAUGGGAGCCCAUAAUUAGACUAAUUAACAUAAUUACA